AUGGCCGGGUUGUGCACGGCUCAGUCUCCUUUCGAGGAGCCCUUGCCAGCGUAUGCGGCAUCGGCGCUGUACGGAGUUGGCUUCCCCAAGUCUGAGGAAUACGCCGGCAUCGAAUGGCUGUUGCAGCACGGGCCGAGGCACCUCACUCGCACCAUUCCCGUCGACCGGCCUUCCGGCGUCUCCACCGUCAUGCCAAGCUCGCCCAUGGCAUGCGAGGCGAUACCCGGCUCCUACUGGUCCAUGGACUGGCCAAACGACGUGGCCGACGACUCUGCCAAGAGGUUCCACCCGCCCUCCACCGUGUCCUCCGGCAUGGGCGAGGCGAUCACCCGCCCACACAGUCCCCUGGGCCCUGCCAGCAUUGGCUGGCAGAGCAGCGUGACCUCGGCUGGGGCUGCCGGCAACAGCAUCCUUGACACUCAGCUGAUUGGGCGGCGGCUGUCCCCCAUCCGCGCCCCGCCGCCCGGCUCCCACCUGGGCUGGCCGCACUCGGCUUCCCUGGGCGCGACCAACGAGUGCCCCAGCAGCGGGACGCCGUCUGGGCUGGAGACAAUGAGCCUCGCCGCCGACGACCUGGCGUCGGGAGCGAGCCGGCCCACACCCGGCGCCCGUGCUGGCGCGUGGGGCGAGGCCUGCGCCCCGGCAGCCUACGAGGCGCGCGAAGGCACCAGCGCGGCCCCGUGUCAGGGUCGCCCGGCGCGCCUGCCGAUCCUGAACAAGGCGGGACGGCUGGCGGCGGCGGCAGACCCCCUGCUCGGCUUCCCGGACGCCGCCAACCUCCUGCCCGGCUACGUGCUGGGGCCCGUGGCGGGGAAGGGCGGCUUCUGCACCGUGCGACGCGCGCUGCAUGCCGCCACCGGCGCGCAGGUGGCGGUGAAGAUCAUCGAGAAGGCGCGCCUGCGCGACGCCACGGACCGCGAGCGCGUGGAGCGCGAGGUGCGCGUCAUGCGCGCGCUGAACAACCACGUGAACAUCGUGCGGGUUCUAGAGAGCGCAGAGACCGCCGACGCCGUCUACGUCGUCAUGGAGCACUGCACCGGCGGUUCCCUGCUGGACCACGUGCGGGAGCGCAAGUGCCUGCGCGACGGCGAGGCCGCGCUGGUCUUCCAGCAGCUGCUGGCCGCGCUGGGUCACUGCCAUGGCGCGGGCAUCGUUCAUCGCGACGUGAAGCUGGAGAACAUUCUGUUCGACGGCGCCGGCGGCGUCCAGCUCAUCGACUUUGGCCUCUGCGGCUUCUUCGUCCCCGGCCGCCGCCUGCGCUGCCACUGCGGGUCGCCCAGCUACGCGGCGCCGGAGAUCGUGGCGCGGCGGGAGUACGACGCGCCCCCCGUGGACGUCUGGUCCCUGGGCGUGGUGCUGUUCGCCAUGCUGGCGGGGUACCUGCCCUUCCACAGCAAGGACAAGAAGGCGCUGUCGGCCAAGAUCGUGGCGGGGGCCUUCCGCUUCCCCGCCUGGGUGGACCCGCAGGCGCGCGACCUCCUGUCCCGCAUGCUCACCGUCCUGCGCGUCGCGCGGGCGGCCUUUGGCCUGGAACCAUGCGCCGUGGAGCGCGCGGUGCGCGCGCGCGAGGCCUCGCCCCUCGCCGCCACGUACCUGUUGCUGGCCGAGGAGGCGGCGCGUGUGCCGGGGGGUUCGGCCGCAUGGGCGCGCCUGCGCGUCGGUGCCGCAGUGGCGGAGGGGGGCGGGGGAGUGGUCGGCCCCGCCAGCACAGACCCUCCGGGCACGGGUCCCGCGAGCGUGGACCCCGCGCCGUCGACACCCAGCCCGAGCGGCUCCCGCUCCCAGACCCCGCGGUCCCCGCACAGCCCCGUCUCCUGGCUCUCCGACCGCCUGCACAAGGGCGCCGCGCUGUCCCCCGGCCCCAAGGCGGCGAGCCUGGGGGCGCUGGACCGCGCGCCGGCCAGCCCCCAAGCCCUGCAGGGCAUGGCGCCCCGUGCCUUCUCCAUCCCCGCCUACUCGCCACGCCUGCUGGGGGCCGGCUCCCCCUGGACCCUGGAGGGGGCCGCCUUGGGCCCCCGGGGCGAGGGCCACACCGUGCACACAGUUUGCGCCGAGGGCGGGGACUGA